AGCUACAAGACUUUUGUUUUUGUUUUUCAAAUGUCGUCUCAACUUGAUCCGGUCGCUGAGCUCGAAAGCUUAAAAACACAUGUUGAUCAUUCAGGAAGCCCUAGCUUCUCAAAACUUGGCCAGCGUCACCAAUCUGGUGAAGCUUCAAAGUCGUCACCUACUGUUUCACCAAGAAAGGAAAAUGAGCUUCAAGGAGAACAUUCCCACCACAAGAAAUCAUUGUUCUCCAAAAUGAAAGACAAGGCAAAGAAGCUGCAGCACAGUCUCAGCGCUAAGAAGAGACAUGAUGAAGAAGGUGAUGCAACCAUGUCGCCAUAUGGCAGAUCUGAAGACCAUGAAGUUAGGGAAGCAGGAGGUUACACGACACUUUCACCGCGUGACAAGUCUAAAGACCGUAAAGUCAGAGAAGAAGGAGAAGGAGAAGAAAAAGAAGAAGAAGAUCCUGAAUAUCUUGGAGCCCCAAUGUAUGAAUCAAAGAAGGCACCUGAAGAGUUGAAACAGACAGCAAGGCAGCAUCCCCGGGAAAACCUUGUGAUCACUGAGACGAAUCUCUUGUCCGUUCUCCCAGCCAAACACGACGCUAAGCAAGAACGUAAAGAUUGUACUGUGAUCUCUGAGAAGAACGUUUUGUCUGAUGUCAAGCAAGAGAAGCCUGCUGAUUCUGACAAAACAACAGUGACAGAUUCAACAGGAAAGGAGUGCACAAACCAAGAACCUGUUAGUCCAAGCAAGACGGUAACAGAAACUGUGACAGAGAAGCUAGCACCUGCUUAUGCUAAAGUCUCUGAUGCAACACAGGCUAUAACCAAGAAGAUUCAAGAUAUAGCUUUCUCGGAAUCAACAGAGCCAGAGUUAAAUGAUGUUUCGGAAAUCAACACAGCAGGAACUAACCAGCCCUCUGGCUUCAACACUAAGAAUCAGGUAUGGGACAAAGGCGUAUCAAUGAAAGAAUACAUAAUCCAGAAGUUUGAGCCUGGUGAAGACGAUAGAGCGCUCUCUCGAGUGAUAUCUAAAGCUAUCAGUCCUCGAAAAGCUUCUUCUGAGGCUGCUAGUUUUAGUGGAGCCACAAACAUGGUUCCUGCUCCAAAUUCAGCAGACAACAAAGCUCCCCUUUUAGCCAACACAAAUGAAAUUGUUGAGGAAGAAAAUCAUGGGAAGAUACUUCAACCAAACUAAAUAACAGA